AAUGGAGGCAAAUUAAUGCAAUUGUGUCCGAAUAAUUGGAUAAAGUAGGAAUAAAUUUGUAGUACAGCGAGCUGCAUACAUUAUUUAUACACGUAUUUACACAAACUUCGAAACCCAUCCCUUAUAGAAAAUCCUAAUUUGUGAUUUUCUAAAUCAUCUUGCAGAAACUGAUAAACAACGGAGUAAAACAUCGAACCCGUGCCUUCGCAAUUAACUCAUAAGAUAGUACUAUCGACAGGGAAGUGUUCUGUUAUCACGAACAAUGUUCGCAACACUGGGUGUAAUUGUAUUGAUAUUAAAAACAAGCCUAAUAAUGGCUUAUCGACCAGUUUUCAUCUAUCAUGGCAUUCUCACCGGCGCAGAUAGUAUGAAUCACUUGGUGGAGCGGAUUCAGGAGAUUCAUCCCGAUACGGUUGUGUACAACUUUCAACGGUUCGGUGGAUGGUCUAGCUUGGAAAAUGCCUGGCAUCAGGUGUUGGAAGCACAAACCAAUCUAAAAGCUAUCUGUGAUCUACAUCCCGAAGAGGGCAUCAACAUGAUCGGCUAUUCUCAGGGUGGACUUCUCGGGCGGGCGGUUCUUCAAACAUAUCCGGACCAUUGUGUUAAAACGUUCAUCUCACUAAGCUCCCCACAGGCUGGCCAAUUUGGAGACGACUUUUUGCAUUUAAUAUUCCCCGCGCUGGUUGCUAAAACGGCAUACCAACUAUUUUACACCUACGUCGGACAACACACGUCUGUGGCCAACUACUGGAACGAUCCACACCACCAGGCGCUGUUCGAGGAGUUUAGCAUCUUCUUGCCAUACGUUAACAACCGCAUUUUCUCCGUCAAUUCUACUCAAUUCCGUGACACGCUCAUGCGGCUGGACCGGUUGGUGUUGAUCGGCGGACCGGACGAUGGCGUUAUUACGCCGUGGGAAUCUAGUCAUUUUAGCUUUUACAAUCAAUCGUACGACGUGGUACCGUUGCAUGACAGUGAAAUUUAUACUGAGGAUUUAAUAGGACUUAAAACUCUCGAAGAAAGUGGCCGGUUGCACAUAAUAGUGCGAGAAAACGUGCAUCACUAUCAGUGGCAUCGUAAGAACGAUGUGAUUGAUAGUGUUAUCUUGCCUUAUUUGGACUAAUUUAAGAACACUCAUCGAAGCACGAGUUUUGAAAUAAUACUAAACGUUACCACUUUCUAGUGACUAGGUGCAAUGAGUUGAGUAAGAAUUGAGCACAUGCUGUUUUUGGGGUAAUACAAAUAAUAUUAUGUAGGUAGAAUAUCGAAGGGAUUUGGAAGCUUUACAGUAGCAAUUCAUUUAAGGCUGAUUUUCGACAAUAUUUUAACACAACGAGAGACACAUACGACGGCGCCCACUAGUGAUAUGAUCAUCACAAUAUUU